AUGAGAGGCUUGGAGAGGAAAGGUUCGGAGAGGAAAGCCGUUGGGGGAGGUCGGGAGGGGGUUACGCGCGCGGGGGACGGGGAGGAAGCGGCGGAGGAGGAGAGGCGGAGGGAGAUUGAGAGGGAGAGAAAGAGGGAGAUAGAGAGGGCGAUAGAGAGGGAGAUGGAGGUUGCGCGAGAGUGGGAGGAGAAGGAGAGGGCGGAGAGGGAAGAGAGGGAGGAGAGGGAGAGGUUGCUGAAGGAAGAAAGGGAGAAAGAGAGGAAGGAGAAGGAGAGAAGAGUUCAGGAAGAGAAGGCAAGGCGUGAACGAGAAGAGAAAGAGAGGGUUGAGAGGGAGAGAGCAGAGAGGGAACGGAAGGAGAGGGAGAAGGCUGAACGGGAAAAGAUGGAGAAGGAACGGAAGGAGAGGGAGAGGAGGGAAAGGGAGAGGUUUGAGAGGGAGAGGGUGGAGAGGGAGGAAAGGGAACAGCGGGAGAGAAUGGAGCGAGAGUUGGAGGAGCGGAGGGAGAAGGAGAGGCAAGAGGAGCUGGCGAAAGUGAGACAGAGGGAGCGAGAGCGGUUCAGAGAGAUUGAGCUGGAGAUGGAGUGGCAGAGGCAUGUGCGAAUCGCAGAAGAACGGCAGAGGGAGAAGGAGAGGGCUGAGGAGCGAGAGAACGAGCGGCGGAGAAUGGAAGAGCGGGAGAAGGAGCGGGAGAGGGAGAGGGAGAAGGAGAGGGAGAGGGUGAGAGUGGAGCAGAGGCAGAGAGAGGAGGAGCGGCGGGUGAGGCAGCAGAAAGAAGUCCAGAGGCGAAAGGAGAGGCGCGGAGAUGAGCUAUCAGGGAAGGCCAUGGGGGAUCCUCUUCGUGUGAUCGCCUGGGUUGCGGGAGCAGGAGUGUCGUCUGCUGCUUUCGGCGAGCCAUCCAGCUCGUUUGGAGCACCUUAUCAGGCGUCUCCGGAUCAUUCUCAGGUGCUGCAGCAGUGGGUGCAGAGAGCAACCCACUUCCACAGCAGGCUCGGAUCUGACGUGGCUCCAGCUGACGUGGCUCCAGCUGACGUGGCACCAGCGUCAGCUGUAGCGGACUUUUGGCAGGGUGUUAGGGCAGCAGUGGAGGCGGCAGAGGAUGUGGCUAUAGCGGGGGAUGAGGAGCAGCAGGAGGGCGUGGCUCAAACCAUCCACCCCACCUACCAACCACCCUUCCCUUAG